UCUCCAACAAUGAACAGAGGAACUAACAAGUUCAUGUCAUCGUUUUUGGAUGAGAUAAAGGUAUUUGAGGCACGCGGUGCCUCCAACAUUGUGCACAUCACAGCAAAAUGCUUUCGGUCGAUGAGGAAACAGCAGAUCCUCACAUCAAUAUAGCCGUGGACAAGAUCACUGAUGCCUGUUGUUCUUUAAGGUUGGACUGUUAAUGCAGAGAGCAAACCUUCAAACACCAGAGGAGAGAAAUCAUCUAGAAGGGCCCUGACAGCUUUCAAAGUUACCUCAGUCAUCAAAAUCCUGGUUCAACAGCAAAGAAUGGAAGAGCUGAACUUCAACGACACGUCAUUCAUAAACGGCUCUGAUUACAGCAACAUGACCGACUACAUCAGAUACUCAGAUUAUGAAAUCUUAUUCCUUAUUAUGAACUUUGUGAAUUGGGUCACCAUUGCCAUUGGAUUUCCUUUAGUUAUUAUAAUAUUGAUUGCAGUUUUUUUUCAGGUGAAAAACGGUCAGGAUGCUCCAGUUUAUGUUAUUAAUCUUCUCGUCUCUGAUAUCGUUCAGUUCUGCUGCAGAAUUUCAGUAUAUUGUUAUUUUAGUGACAUCCCCGAUUUCAUCAAAUUUCAUGCUCUACUGGUCAGUGUUGGAUUCAUGAUGUGUGUCUCCUGUGAACGGUAUCUGGUUGUUGCCAAGCCACUGUGGUACAGAUUCAGGAGAAACAUCAAGACAUAUGUGGUGGUCUGCAUUGUGGUCUGGAUACUUCCUGUUUUUUAUCCACUAUUUCAUUUCAGUUUUCUGACCCGAAAUGCUAGAAUGGUUGCCGACAUCAUCGUCAUAGUUCUACUCUUCCUUCCUUUUCCCUUGUUCAUCUUCUUCCUGGUUGGGACUAUCAAAGCUCUCUCUGGAGCGUUCAAUGUCCCAGCAGAUGAAAAACGGCGAAUCGCAGCCAUUCAGGUUGUGGUGCUGAUUAUUUACACUCUGCUGUUUGUGCCCUUCAUCAUUUGGGUUCUGUGUAUAUUUAACAUAUCGUAUAACAAUUUUCAUUAUAAUGGUUUUAUGGAUAUUGCGUUUUGGUAUGAUGUAGCGUUUAUUUGUGUUUCUCUUAGUCCUUUUGCAGACAUAACUUUGUAUUUGUUCAGUCGGAAAAGCUUCAUGGAUAAGUUUCUGGCUUCAAUAUGUUGUAAAAUAUCUAACAAUCAGGAGACAAGCAGCACAGAUAAUGAAAGCAGAAUUGUAACAAUUACUGAGACUGUUUAGGUUUUAAACAGUUUCACUAUUUAGUCAGUACUUUGUAGCUUGUUCCUCUAAUCAGACAACUAUUUUCAGUAACAAGUAAUCUAACGCUU